AUGGCUGAUAUCUACGAGAUUGAAGAUAUCGACGGUGUUCGAUUCAAUUGGAAUGCCUUUCCUGUCACUAGACAAGAGGCAGACAAUAUGGCGUCUCCUGUUGGAUGUCUAUACACACCUUUACUUGCACGUGACGACCUUCCUAGUGCCGAAUAUGAUCCCGUUGUUUGUCGCCGGUGCCGUGCCGUGCUAAACGUGUUUUCUCAGAUUGAUUUGGGGUCCAAAACGUGGGUUUGCACCAUUUGUAACUCGAGAAACCCGCUUCCUCCUCAUUACGCCAACAUUUCGGCUGAGAAUCUCCCCGUAGAGUUGACCCCUGCUGCCUCUACCAUGGAAUAUGUUCUUGCCAGGGCACAGCCUCCUCCCCCUCCAUCGUAUAUCUACGUGGUGGAUUUGUGCCAGGAAUUAGAGGACUUGCAGGCUUUGAAAGAGGCUCUUAUAACGUCAUUAUCUCUACAUCCUCCAGGUUCUUUGGUUGGUUUGGUUACUUUCGAUUCUGUCGUCAGUGUUCACGAGUUGGGCUUUACAUCAUGCUCCAAAACCUACGUCUUUUCCGGUUCUCACGAAUGCGAAUCUGUAGCUGUUCAGAAACAACUGGGUAUCUAUGGUAACUGUUCUCGUGACUGGAUCAAACAGUUGGAGACUGGAAACGGUACCGUUGGAAGAUUCUUGGUUCCUCUUGGCGAUGAGGAUGCUGUGGCUCGUCUAAGCAAGAUUAUUCAGGCUUUAGAGCCUUCCAAAUGGACCGUUAAGCCUGGCCAUAGGGCUGUUCGUGUCACCGGAGCCGCUCUAGAUGUGGCUUCGUGCCUUGUUGAAGGUUCAUACGCACAAUGCUGUGCUAAGUUGUGUCUUUUUGCUGCCGGUGCAUGUACUUUUGGUCCAGGAAAGAUCGUUGGUACCGAAUUGAAGGAACCGAUUAGAUCCCAUAGUGAUAUCGAAAAAGGUUCGGCCAAACACUACAAGAAGGCCGUUCAAUUCUUUAAAAAAUUGGCGUUGAAAGGUGUUGGAGCCAGCGCUAGAGACUCAAAGGACAAGUUCUUUGACCACAAUGCCUCGUCCGGCUUUUCCGUCGAUAUAUUUGCGGGCUGCUAUGACCAGACUGGUGUCUAUGAGAUGAAGACUUUGGCCAAUCAGACCGGUGGUGUUCUGGUGGUGACGGAUUCUUUUCAAACGUCCAUUUUCCGUAAUUCCUUCUUUGAAUGCUUUGCCAAAGACGAUGAUGGAUAUCCAUUUGAGUUUUCUGACGGUUAUCUAGAAGUUCUAACAUCUCAGCGACUCAAAGUGGCCGGAAUGAUUGGUCACGGUGCAUCAUUAAAGGCAGACGGUGAAAAUGUGGCCGAUAUUGAAAUUGGCGAUGGUAUGACUCAUCGCUGGAGUCUACGUUCGUUGUCUCCAAGACAUACGUAUGCAGUUUUCUUUGAUAUGCAGACUGUUGGUUCUGCAGAACAGCGAAACUCGUCUAUUGCAGAGGUCUACAUUCAAUUCCAGACGACAUACAGACAUACCAACGGUUCUGUGAGAAUGAGAGUGACUACUUUGAGUCGGCUUACGUCUAAUUCGGCCGAUUUAGCAUCUACUUUCGACCAGGAAGCUGCUGCUGUAUUGUAUGCAAGACUUAUCGUUCACAAGCUCGAACAUGGAGGUGAAUACUCGGAUCUACUUCGGUGGAUCGACAAGUCUCUCGUUAAACUAUGUACCGUGUUUGGUGAUUAUUCUAAAGGUGACUCCAACUCGUUCAGGUUGUCCAACAAGUUCUCCUUGCUUCCCCAAUUCAUCUAUCACUUGCGUAGAUCACAGUUCUUGCAGGUUUUCAACUGUUCUCCCGAUGAAACUGCUUUCUAUCAUCACACGUUGCUCAGAACAGACGUUCGUGACUCGUUGGUCAUGAUUCAACCUACUUUGGUACGGUUUCUGGCCGAUGGUUCAGAGCCUGAACCUAUCCUGUUGGACUCUGCAUCUCUCAAACCGGAUGCCAUUCUUCUAUUGGAUGCAUUCUUCUAUACAGUGAUUUAUUACGGUCGUGUGGCAGCAGAAUGGAGAGAUAAACACUAUCCUAAGGACGAGUAUCCAGGUGUUUAUGAGAUGAUGGAUAAGGCCAAAGAAGAGGCAGCAUCUUUAAUUGCUGAUAGAUUCCCACUACCUAGAUAUGUCACGUGUGAUGAGGGUAAGUCCCAGGCUCGUUUCCUCUACUCCAAGUUGAACCCAUCGGAGAAUGACAGCAACCAGUUUGUUGGUGGACAGAUGGGAGGCUAUGUUCCUGAUGACAACGAGACUUCUGUUGUUCACACAGAGGACGUCAGUUUGAGGACUUUCUUCCAGCAUUUGGCCAAAUUGGUUGUGAAUACUAAUUAG